AUUUCUACAAAAUCAAUUUUAUUAUUGAUGCUAAUCAAAACAAACUCAUUGUAUAAGACAAAGGAAAUGAUUGAAGCACACAUAGUACAUUAUUAGCCUACUCAUUGUAUAUAUUGAGAGCAGAUUACAACUCUGCAUGAUACAAAGUCUUUCAAGAAGCAAAACAAAAAGCAUCAACAAAUGGAAGCCAGUUCAAUUUUUGCUCUCACCUUAUCCACUUUUCUCCUCUCAGGCAAGUUCUCUAAUUUCAACACAACUUCGACAUUUGUCAUUUUCUAUCUCUCCCUCUUAGAGAAACAUACAUUUUGAAUUCCAAACACAUUUCCAUGUAUGCAGGGGCAUAUUCAGCAACAUUCACAGUCACAAACAAUUGUGCAUUCACAAUAUGGCCAGCCACUCUCACAGGAGGUGGCAACUCACAGCUACCUUCAACAGGCUUUGAACUAACCUCAAAAGCCUCAUCCACAAUUGAUGUCACAGCUCCAUGGUCUGGCAGAUUCUGGGCCAAGUCUCAAUGCUCAACAGACACAUAUGGGAAAUUCACUUGUGCCACUGGUGACUGUGGAUCAGGUCAAGUACCAUGCAAUGGUAAUGGUGGAACCCCUCCAGUUUCUCUAGUGGAAUUCACUUUGGCUUCAAAUAAAGGACAAGAUUUCUAUGAUGUUAGCCUUGUUGAUGGCUUCAAUCUGCCAGUGUUGGUGAUCGCUCAGGGAGGCUUAAGGGGUUGCAACACAACUAGCUGCCCUAGUGAUGUGAACAAAGUUUGUCCUCCAAAUUUUGCUGUCAAAGGGUCAGAUGGAAGUGUCAUUGCUUGCAAGAGUGCACGUUUGGCAUUGGACCAACCUGAGUAUUGUUGCACUGGACCCUUUGCUUCAGCUGACAAGUGCCCACCAACCCCUUAUUCAGUUAUUUUUAAGAAUCAGUGCCCUCAAGCUUAUAGCUAUGCCUAUGAUUAUAGGACUAGCACUUUUACUUGCUCUGGGGAGCAAACUAUUCCAUCACAUUUUGCCCCUAAACCAAAAUGAUUAGGGAAAACAUCCAGAUUGUAAUAACUAGAGAGGAAAGAUCCUCUUCAGUCAUUUUUUAUCGACAAAUAUUAGUUAUUAGUUUGUUAAUUUUUUGUUUGUGGGAGGAUUUGAACCUAUGACCUCUUCCCCCUCCCUUCUCCCUUCACCACCAAGCCAAUCAUAUAACCCCAAAAAUUUCUUCCUCAGUCAUUUUUUUGUAUUGUAUGAUUGGAAUUCUUAUAUUUGUUUUAUCUGCAAGGAAAUGUUAUAAUUCUUAUAGUUGCAAGAACCGUUUAGACGAAUUAGUGACAAUGCUAUGGUUUGUGUUUAUAAAUAAAGGAUCAAUUCACCAAAUGCAUUUUGCUAUCUAUAGGUGGUAAGCUAUUGAUGUUUAUAUUCAAUAACAUUAUUUUGAAUUUCAGUUUCCUCA